AUGGCUGAGAUGGUGUUAUUUCUCUCUAAAACAGGAGAAUCGAUGCUGGACGCGAUGAUGGGCCGACUGAUGGCAAUGCAGUAUAUCGGUAUGUUUGCGGGUUCUCUCCUCUCUAGCAUUCUCGAAGACACAACCAUUCUUGAAAUAGCUCUGUGUGUUGGGUCGGCUAUUCACGCUUUAGAUGUUUUCAUAACUCUGUUCUGGAUACGAGAUGUCGUUCCUGAACCGACAAGUAAAAUUGAGUCUGACUCCGACGUCAAAUGCACAUUAUUAAGUUUGGCUGGGUUAAUGCAGUCACUGACGGUUCUGUCAAAGGAACGAAAGAAUAACUUCAGAUCGAUUAUUGUCAUUCUUUUCAUUUCUGCGCUCAUUAAUCAAAUUUGCAGGAUAGGCGAUGCUGACGUGACAGUGCUUUUUGUACAGAGAAGUCCUCUGUUUUGGCCAGAGUCCUGGUAUGGAUAUCUACUCGCACUGGAUUAUUGCGUCAUGGGAGCCAUUCUCCUCCUAUUGUUACCUCUCCUCUCAAAUGUGUUGCAUUGUUCAGACGUCACGCUUUUCGUGAUUGCGAUUUUCUUCAAGCUGAUUAGGGCGUUCUGGACGGCAUUUUGUACAAAGACGUGGAUGAUGUACAUGAGUAUAGCCAUAGGAGGAUUGGCAGGGAUGUUGACCCCAGUUAUACGUUCAUUCACUAGCAAACACGUGCAAGAAGACGAACAAAGUAAAGCGUUUUCCUUACUUUCAAGUGGGGAGACCGCUUCCAAACUUCUCGGAUCAAUAAUAGUCAUUAAUAUCUAUAGCGCAACAGUGUCCUUGUUUCCAGGUCUGACCUACAUGUUCGAAGGAAUUCUAUAUUUGGCUAUGCUUUUGAUGAUGGUUUGGCUUUACAAACUAACUCAGUUCAAAGAAUCAGACAGUGUAAUGCAGCCUUUAGCUGACAAGUCGCCGAAUUCUUGUACAGAGGAUAGCGAAUAA